AUGACAUCCAAUGUCUUCGUUCCAUCCCGACCUGCGCCGGCAGGGCCUCUGAGGCGAUACGGGCAGACGGCAACACAGCGCAAAGACGAGGAUGACGGCAAACAGGAGCAGGAAGAUGCAGGAAACAAUGGCCAUGGACUAGGCGCGGAGGCCGAAAAGGAGGAAGGCGCAUUCACGCGACGCAUGCGAGAAAUGAGUGAAGACGCGCUGGAGUCGGGAGGACAUGGCGCCGUCAAAGCUGUGGAAGAGGCAGGCUUCAGUGCAGACCUCAAGGCGCAGCUCGAACAGCGAAUCGCAUCUGCAAACUUCAAAUCGUCUGAAGCAGAGCUGCCCGCCUUCGCCUCCCGCCACACACGCGAGCUUGCCACAACAGAAGCCUGGACCGGCACCGAGUCCAUCCACGAUGCGAGCCUGCGCAUGCUGAACGACGCCCAUAAGCCGCUGCGACUCGGGCGACCAGCCAAGAUGCCAGGCGUUCCUAUACCCCAGUCCAUUGAUACCGGACAUGCUCGGAGCAAGGAGGGGCGUGGCGUGAGAUUGGCCAACGCACGCGACAGGAGUACCGUCUACGCUGCCAUCAACGAAGACGAGAGUAUAGAGGCUUUCGACCGAGAGAAGCGGUUGCAAGACCUCAAAGACCGCUUCGAACCAGGUGCGCGUACCAUUGUCCCUGGCUCUAUCCAAGGCAUCGCAUCUCUUGCGAACAAGAGAAUCGAAGAUGCCAUCGCUCGUGGCCAGUUCAAGAACAUCCCGCGCGGAAAGCAGGCCAACAUCGAAAGAGACUACAACGCAUCGAGCCCCUUCAUCGACACGACCGAAUACUUUAUGAAUAAAAUUAUACAAAAGCAAGAGAUCGUACCGCCGUGGAUCGAAAAGCAGCAAGAGCUCACUUCGGCAGCAAACAAGUUCAGAACUCGACUACGGGCGGACUGGAAGAGGCAUGCUGCGCGCGUGAUAGCCAGCAAGGGCGGAUCGCUACUGGACCAAAUCAAGACAGCUGAGGCAUUCGCAAAGGCAGAGCUGAUUGCCAACCCUCUGAGAAGGAAACAACAAGAGACCCUCACCACUGUUGACGAUGACGGGCACAUGUCACAAAUUACCUUGUCUGGAGGACUGAAGGUAGACUCAGAUGAAGGGCCCAACGCGGAGCCAGUAGUCACGGAACAAGUCGUAGCAAAAAAGGUUACAUUUGAUGCCUCCCCAGAAGCUGUAACGCAAGACCCAGCAGCAGCUACCGUAACAGAAACAACCACGGAAACCAUGGAAGUACCUGUUCAAGCUCCCGAACCAACAGUCGCACCAGCACCGUACCCUUUCCGCGACCCAGAUUGGGAGCGUAUCGAAGGCGGCUACUGGAAAGUCGCCAUCAAGGACCUCAAUGACAAGGCGCGCAGCUACAACCUCCUCGCACCCGAGCUAGCUAAACGACCCUACUACAAUCUGCAGCGCGAGCUGAACUCCUGCUUCGCCGACGUCGCGCCCCAGCUCGCCGGGGCCAUCCUCGAACGCGUACGCAAACCGCCCAAGAAAGCAGAUAGUUGGCAGAGCUCCGGCCAGAAGAGCGUGCUCGACAACAUCAUUGGAGGGCCAGUCCGCGUGCGAGAUGAGCGCCGCGAGAAGCAGUAUGGGUUCCGCCAAUUCUGGAAAGACCUCUGGGCCGACAAGUCCAGCAACCCUUAUUGA